CACUUUUGUGUUAUCAACCAUGCCCAUAUCUUCUUUAUUCUCUGCAAUCUCUUCUUUUUGGAGUUUCAUCACACCAGAUAUUACAAUGGGUUCAAUCGGUGAAACUCAAAUGACACCCACCCAAGUCUCAGAUGAGGAAGCCAACUCAUUCGCUAUGCAACUUGCCAGUGCAUCAGUCCUCCCCAUGGUCCUCAAAUCAGCCAUUGAACUUGACUUGCUGGAGAUCAUGGCCAAAGCUGGUCCAGGUGCUUUCUUGUCCCCAAAAGAAGUGGCUUCCAAGCUCCCCACCACCAACCCUGAUGCACCCGUCAUGCUGGACCGUAUCUUGCGUCUCCUGGCUAGCUACAACGUCCUCACUUGCUCCUUGCGUACCCUUCCUGAUGGCAAAGUGGAAAGACUAUAUGGCCUUGGCCCUGUCUGCAAAUUCUUGACCAAGAACGAAGAUGGUGUCACUCUUUCCGCCCUUAGUCUCAUGAAUCAAGACAAGGUCCUUAUGGAGAGCUGGUACUACUUGAAAGAUGCUGUGCUGGAUGGUGGAAUUCCAUUCAACAAGGCCUAUGGUAUGACUGCAUUUGAGUACCAUGGCACUGAUACUAGAUUCAACAAGGUUUUCAACAAGGGAAUGUCUGAUCACUCUACCAUCACCAUGAAGAAGAUUCUCGAUACAUAUGAUGGUUUCCAAGGACUAAAAACAUUGGUCGAUGUUGGCGGUGGUACCGGUGCCACGCUUAGCAUGAUCGUCUCUAAGUACCCCACCAUAAAAGGCAUUAACUUUGAUUUGCCUCAUGUCAUUGAGGAUGCUCCUAGCUGUCCCGGUGUGGAGCAUGUUGGUGGAGACAUGUUUGUAAGUGUACCAAAAGGAGAUGCCAUUUUCAUGAAGUGGAUAUGUCAUGAUUGGAGCGACGAACACUGCGCCAAGUUUUUGAAGAACUGCUAUGAAGCUUUGCCAGACAACGGGAAAGUGAUUGUUGCCGAAUGCAUUCUUCCUGAUUACCCCGAUCCUAGCCUUGCCACGAAGUUGGUUGUCCAUAUUGAUUGCGUCAUGUUGGCUCACAACCCUGGUGGGAAAGAGAGGACCGCAAAGGAAUUCAAGGCACUAGCAACGGGUGCGGGAUUUCAAGGCUUCCAAAUCAAAUGCUCCGCUUUUGGCACCAACAUCAUGGAGUUUCUCAAAAGUGUUUGAAUCUUACAUGCUUUGGAUUCUGAAGCUUGGUGAUUGUUGUCUCAAAGGUGGAUUUUCUGGAAUUACAUACUUUUUGUUUGACAGAAAACAAUAAAGAACGAAAUUUCAUGGUUUUUACGUAGAAGAAAUACCAUACUAUAUCCACUACCUUACUGUAACUAUUAAACAAAGUUAAAAGGCAUAAAGCCUCUACUUUGAGAAUGAUUCAUGGAGAAGAUGAUUGUUUAAAUA